AAGAACGCUGCGACACAGAAAAACGAGUCAUUUUUAUCUCGGCCUCGCAGUUCAUACCACAGAGGCGCCACAUUUUGGAUCCCAUACAUCUUAGGUAGAUGUAAACUUAUUUUUUCGGCAGUGCUUCAGAAUUUACCAGUUUUUGCGAUUGCUAUUCUCAGUAAAUGGUUAUACAACAUUUUUCUUCCGAUUGUGCCGUAAAUCUACGAUAACUGUGGAUAAUUUCAUGAUCAUUUAAAAAAACCUCCUUGUCAUCUCAAAAAUAACUUGAACGUACCAAAGCCUCUUAGUCGGGCUCUUAAUUCAUCAUUCCUGAAUCAUAUCCUGCAUAAACAUUAAAAGUAGGAAAAUCUUGUGAGACUUAAUCAGAACUAAACUUGAAUCUGAGUGCUUGAAGAGCCGGAUUUGGAGGGAAAAUGGAGGGACUACAAGCGUUUGUUAAAAAAUCUUUCGAAGGGCAGGAUGCGAAAUUCGUACCGAAGUCAUCAUCGACUUCAUCAACCACUUCAUCCACCGUCCGUGGUCGACCUCUAGCUAGCAUCCAAAAAUGCAGCGCCUGGCUCAGUCUCAUCAGCAACACAUCUGGAACGCUCGCCUCGACCUCCGGCUCAUGUGCAACGCAGCGAAAGGGUCGGCAUGCGACGACGAGCAGCGGAAUCCCAUCGUCGACGACCCUUGCGUCUUUUAUCCCCAGGAGCCGCGGGCUGACAGCACUUGGUCAGUCGCUGGGAGGUCCUGCUAAGCUGGGUUCGCCGCGGCAGGGGAUUGCGUUGAGUGAUACAGGAGUACUACGAGGAAGCGACGGGACGCUAGCCCACCCAGGCCUCCAGCCGAUCCCGUUGACCCCCGUCCGGAAGAGAGGUGUAGACUGCACCCUUGAUCAAACACAGCCAAAGAGAGUGAAGACGAACGAAAAUGGUGAUGAUGACGCAAAGUCAAAAGAAUCCGGUUCACCGAGUGGCAGUCCCGACAGCAUAGCCAUUGUUACGUCAGAGCAAAAUCGGUCAGACGGUAGGGCAGUCGCCACAGACAACGAUAUCACACUUCCCGCCGAUACUUUGUCUCCAAAUCUUCCGCGAUCGAAUCCAAAACCACUUCCCGAUCUACCUACUCCCCUAUCCGUCACCCGGCGAUCGCCUGAAUGUCUGCCAAACUUCGACGAUAUGUCGAUUCCUGUAACGAUCAACAUCAACGACGGCAUCGGCCCACUCGAUAAAGCGGGAAGCGACGUCGGUUGCGAUUCACCUCUGACACAUAACUCGGACAAUCGCUGCGGUUCGAUAUCGCCGUUGGAUGUGAUAACAUCGUCUGCCGGUGUAUCGGCUGGGGGAAUCAUGUCAACGGUCAGCCCAUCGUCGACCGCUGCGGCUGCAGCGGCGGCAGGGAAGCUGAAACAACGGCGAAGCAGGACGAAUUUCACCGCGGAGCAGUUGAGCGAGCUAGAGAAAUUAUUUGAUGAGACUCACUACCCAGACGCGUUCAUGAGGGAGGAGCUAAGUCGGAAGCUAGGACUUUCAGAGGCACGAGUGCAGGUGUGGUUUCAGAACCGAAGGGCAAAAUGCCGGAAGCAGGAGAACCACAAUGGUACUCCGAUUGGAAGCAGCACAACGGUCGACACAUGCCGGGUCGCCCCAUACCUCAGCAUGGGCUCACUACGAAUGCCGUUCGAACGCGUCCAAGAACAACUUCAACUCAACAUCAAAGGCCCCUCCGCCCCUUCCCCCUCCUCUCCGUCCUCCAUCGCAUCUCCCCUCUCUCCCACACGCGCCCUCCCGGCGACUGCAGCACCCCAUGUCCCUCUCCCGCCACCAUCCCUCCUAGCUCACGCUCCACCGUUCAUGUUCUUUCCACCGCCUCCCUACGCCUUCCCGCUCGCCACGCUCAUGGGGUCGAUGUUGGCUAGAGGCGCAUCAUCGGUGACCAGCUCGAGCAAGAGCUCGAGUAUAGCGGAUCUUCGGCUGAAGGCCCGCCAACAUGCCGCCGCUCUCGGGCUCCAGGCAUUCAUCACACCGUAGUGCUUGCCAGGAAGUUUACUACACCAACACUGAAAUUGAGGACAAUCCUAAACAAAACAACACGAUCAACGUAGUGUUUUGUAGGGGCAGAUAAAUUUUAUCAUCAUCAUCUAGAUGGAGACAGCCAUGACAGCCAGGACUGGCAAUUAUCAAUUCUUGUCCUAUAUCAAUAUGGCUCGUCGUAAUCUCUCAUAAGUUGACUCUAAACUCCUGUCGCAGUAGAUUCACGCCCUGACGAUCGUCGACGAAAUACGUUUCUCUGAUUGGUCAAAAGUUUGUUCCCAUAGUAUCGGAUGACCGUGAGUUUCGUCGUCUAGCGCCACCAUUGUUCAAUUUAAUGUUAUUUCAAACUGCAUGACUACCACAGGUUAAGGAAUGAUGGAGCACGAUUUUCUUUUCUAUUAUGUGAACCUCCAAUCGUGAUUUGUUUUUUUGAAAUCGUUGUUAACAAUUCGAUCAUCUAUUUUUUAAUGCUUUUAAAUUAAUCAUAUUCUAGCAUAGACCUACUACAAAUGAAAUCACAGGGAUGAGAUUCGGGGAGAGGGGAAUAGGGGGGGGGGGGGGGCUGGGAAGGGGAAGACAAGGGAUCGGGAUCAACCAAGUUAUUUCAAUUCCAUCACAAUUACGGAAUUUCUAUUAUUUUCUAGAACAUUUUAUUUAUUGAUUUAUUUUUUUAUUCAUUUAUUUUUUUAAAGUUAUUUAUCUAUUUUUUUUUUUUUUUUUUUGGGGGGGGUAACUUUAAUUUUAACUACAGAAAAAAAAUCAAAAUAUCUUAAUGGUAUAAAUGGGGCAUUGUAUACAAAAUGUAAACAAAAAAAGAUUAAUUUUACUACUAUAUAAAUGAUUUGUAGAAAUUAGCUUUGUAAAUACUUGCAUAGUGCUGGGCAUUGAAAUUGUACUAUUUUGUACUCCAAUAUGUUAUGUAUAUUAGGACUCAUUAAAAUUAACCCAAAGACU